CUGACAGCUACAUUAGGCUUUGUCAGAUGGUGGUCUGUUAACCCCUCCAUUAGUUCAUUUUGAAGCCAGCAGGAUAAACAUUGGGGGCACCAGAAGCUCAUGUCGAACUUUCUGUCCUUGGCACCAACUCAUAAUCAUCUAACUUUUAAAGGAAUAUCUGAUACAAAUGAAUCCAUAAUUACACAAUACUCAUAAUUUUACACCCGGUGCUGAGGUGCUGAAUAGAAAACACCCGCCAUCCUGGAGUGAUGACUCAUGUUUAAAAGAAUAAUAAUGUCAUAUUUUCACAUGGCGAGACACAGGACCUGGUGGUGGUCUGCUGAACUUUCCAAGUUCCUUCUCAGCGGUGAUGAUGGCCACGGUGGUGUUAGUCCUGGAGACACUGUCAUACUUUCCUGCACAGCUGCUGUUUUUCCCCAGUGUCUUAAACAGCGUAGCUGUCAUCACGCCAUUCAGUGAUGCUUUUCAACAGACUACAAAGAGCUUUCAGGCCAUACAACCUUUCCCUUUAAACUGUGUAUAAAAAUGUUUAGGAUUGAUUCUGUACUUUUUAUUUUGUGUUUAAUGAUGCAACUGCAUCCCUUUGCACGCAUCAAGUAUUUCAGACUUGCACACAUGAUGCAAAUAAACUGUUUCCUUCAGAGUUCCUUUACCGCCAAAUUGGUCACAGAAAUUACACUUAUUUUGGCAUUUUACAUACGAUGACUUAUUAACUGACACAUUCCCUUUUCUUGGCGUAUCAGCACUUUUUUUCCCGCAGUACCAGGCUACAUAUUUCAAAAAACGUUUAGACUGAAAAACUGAAUUUUGCAACGUACUGUUUUGUAACGCAUGUGUGACGCACUAUGUGUGACGCACAUCCUAUGUGAUAUAUUGCCUAAUAUGAUAUGCUAGCACGUGUGAUAUACUUUGCACCAAGCUGGCAAAACUAUAAGGUUUGCCAGAGCCCUGCAUUUAAGUAAUGUAAAUGUUUUGUGAGUGAAGUCUGAACAAACAGACUGGUGGUAGGAUGAGCGGUUUGGAAUGACAAAACACCACAGCUUCUCAUCGCCCCAAUGAGAAUCUGUUUUGUGAGUGUGAGAGAGCGAGAGAGCGAGAGAGAGAGAGAGAGAUUUCCACCCACCUAAGAAAGUGACACACUCAUAAACAGAAGGCAGGCAGAGUAAAAGUCAGAUAGACUCAAGAUCUCAGGACAGCAGCAGAUCAAACAGCGAGACAGACGGAGACAGAGAUUCAUUGAGAGAAGCUGUUCAAUUAAAGGGGAGGAAAAGUCACGCUGACACACUCAAAUACACACACACACACACACACACACGCACACACACGCGUACACACUAAUAAGCAUAGCAUGAGCAUGAGCCAGACAGGAACCAGCUAACCCCAAGGUUUACUGCCAUUAGCCAGAGAAGAAAAGUCCAAACUCUAGCCCCCCACAUUACACACACACACAGACACACACACACACUGGUGCCGAGAGGCUGCUACCCGGCGUGAGGAGAAGGGCCGAUCAACCCCCAACGAGUGGAUGGAUGCAUUUUGCAGAAUCAGCGGGCUGGAUCCCCUGUGGGACUGGAAUCGCACAUGGUACACAGCCAACCCAGACCUGACCCAGUGUUUCCAGAACACAGUGCUGGUGUGGGUGCCGUGUAUUUAUCUGUGGCUGUUGGCGCCUUUCUACUGCCUUCACCUCUACUGCCAUGACUCCGGACGCAUUCGAAUGUCCUGCCUCUGCUGCGCCAAGACGAUGUUGGGCUUCCUGCUGGCCUCCUUUGGCUUUGUGGAGUUCUUCUACAUACUGCUGGAGAGGAGUCAGGAGAUCGAGCAGCACAUGGUCUUUUUACUGAGCCCCAUCAUACGCAGCAUGACUGUGAUCUUGGCCUUAUGCAUCAUCCAGUUGGAAAGAAUACGAGGCUGUCGUUCCUCUGUAUUCCUCUUCCUCUUCUGGGUCUUGGCCGUGGUCUGUUCCCUGGUUCCUCUAAGAGCGAAGAUCCAGCUGGCCAUGGAUGAGGGAAUUUCCUCAGACAUCGUACGAUACUUCGCCUUCUUCUCCUACUUCACAAUACAAUUGGCCCAGCUCUUCCUCUGUUGUUUUGCUGACAAGCCAGCCGAGGGAAAAAAACUCUUGGAAAAGAAUCCCUGUCCCGUGAAGGACGCCUCUUUUCUGUCAAAGAUUCUCUUCUGGUGGUUCACUGGGCUUGUUGUGAAAGGAUAUCGCACCCCGCUGGAAGCAGAGGACUUGUGGACCCUGAGAGAGGAAGACACGUCGCGCAAGAUAAUAGCUGAGCUGGAGGAGGACUGGACGGAUGAAUGUGCCAAAGUUCAAAAGCAGGAGAAGGCCUUAGCGGCGGGUGCGGCGCUGGGGAGCAGAUUACCAGACCAGGCGCAGCUCCUCAGGAAGCUGCAGAAGGAGCAGAGCUCCGGCUUUUUCCUGCUCAGGACGAUGGCACGCAAGUUCGGUCCGUACUUUCUGACCGGCACCCUGUAUAUUAUAUUCCACGAUGCCUUCAUGUUCGCCAUCCCCCAGGUGCUGAGUCUUCUUCUGGAUUUCAUGAGGGAUGAAGAUGCUCCGCUGUGGAAAGGCUACUUCUACGCCACUCUGAUGUUCCUGCUGUCCUGUCUCCAGUCCCUCUUCAACCAUCAGUACAUGUACACAUGCUUCACAGUGGGAAUGAGGGUGAAGACAGCUGUGAUGGGCUUGGUUUACAGGAAGUCUUUGGUGAUAAACAGCUCUGCCAGAAGGACUUGCACUGUGGGCGAGAUUGUGAAUCUGGUUUCGGCGGACACUCAGAAGCUCAUGGACUUUGUGGUGUACUUCAACGCCGUCUGGCUGGCUCCCAUUGAAAUUUCUCUUUGUCUCUUCUUCCUCUGGCAGCAUCUCGGGCCGUCGGCUUUGGCAGGAAUCGCCACUGUCAUUCUCAUUUUCCCCCUCAACGGAUUAAUAGCAAAGAAAAGAAGCAAGCUUCAGGAGGUGCAAAUGAAGUUCAUGGACGGACGCAUCCGACUGAUGAAUGAGAUCCUGAGUGGAAUAAAGAUCUUGAAGUUUUAUGCCUGGGAGAAGGCCUUCCUGGAGCAGGUUUUGGGACUAAGAGAAAAGGAGCUCAAAGCCCUGAAGAAGUCUCAGAUCCUUUAUUCAAUCUCCAUCGCGUCCUUCAACUCCUCUUCUUUCCUGAUUGCCUUCUCCAUGUUUGGAGUCUACGUGAUGCUUGAUGACAGGAACGUCCUGGAUGCACAGAAAGUUUUUGUCUCAAUGGCGCUGAUCAACAUUCUGAAGACCCCACUCAGUCAGCUUCCAUUUGCUAUAAGCACAACUAUGCAGGCUAUGGUUUCACUGAGACGUCUGGGAAAAUACCUGUGCUCAGAGGAGCUGAGAGAAGACAAUGUCUCAAAGGCUCCGUUCUGUUCUGAUGGGGAAGACGUGGUGAUAGAAAACGGCAAUUUUAGCUGGUCUGCUGAGGGCCCUCCAUGUCUGAAAAGGAUCAGUAUCCAUGUGCCACGCGGCUCCCUCGUCGCUGUGGUCGGCCAUGUGGGCAGUGGAAAGUCCUCCUUGUUGUCCGCCAUGCUCGGCGAAACAGAGAAAAGAAGUGGCUGCGUCACAGUAAAGGGCUCGGUGGCGUAUGUGCCCCAGCAGGCCUGGAUCCAGAAUGCCACGGUCCAAGACAACAUUUUAUUCGGCCGUGAGAAACUAAAGACAUGGUACCACCGAGUGCUGGAAGGCUGUGCACUGCUGCCCGACCUCGAAAUCCUACCUGCUGGAGACGCUACCGAAAUUGGAGAAAAGGGAUUGAACCUCUCAGGUGGGCAGAAGCAGAGGGUGAGCCUGGCUAGGGCCGUCUACAGAAAGGCGGAUGUGUACCUCAUGGAUGAUCCUCUGUCUGCUGUCGAUGCACAUGUAGGCCAACACAUCUUUGACAAAGUCAUUGGACCAAAAGGAGUCCUUAGAGACAAGACCCGCAUCCUAGUGACCCACGGGAUGAGCUUCCUGCCGCAGGCUGACUUCAUCCUCGUCUUAGGAGACGGAGAAAUCACAGAGAGCGGCUCCUAUCAGGAGCUCCUAAGCCGCCAUGGCGCCUUCGCUGACUUCAUUCACACCUUUGCCAACGCCGAGCGAAAAGAGAGUGCCAUACAGAGAGCUGGUUCCAGGAGGUCCAAUGCUCGUCUCAGCAUGGUGGACUUCAUGCCAUCUUCCAGAGACCUGUCCCAGGAGCAGCUCAUCGGGGGUGACACGACAAAUACAAACCUGCAGAACAUGGAGCCCGUGUCCGAAACAGACCAGGAACCGGUACCAGAGGACUUGGGCAAGCUAACUGAGGCUGACAAGGCCCGCAGUGGAAGGGUGCGGUUGGCGACGUACAACAAGUACUUCAAGACCAUCGGCUUGGCCAUCAUCGUUCCCAUAGUCUUCCUGUACGCUUUUCAGCAAGGCGCCUCAUUGGCCUACAACUACUGGCUGAGCGUGUGGGCUGACGACCCGAUCGUCAACGGCACCCAGACCGACACGGACCUGAAACUGAUCGUGUUUGGUGCGCUUGGCUUUGUGCAAGGCAUCGCCAUCUUUGGUACGACGGUCGCCAUCUCCGUCUGCGGCAUCAUCGCCUCUUCCCAUCUGCACGCGGACCUGCUGAUCAACGUGCUGCGCUCUCCGAUGUCUUUCUUUGAGUGCACGCCCAGCGGCAACCUUCUCAACCGCUUUUCCAAAGAGAUCGACGCCAUCGACUGCAUGGUCCCAGACGGCUUGAAGAUGAUGUUGUGCUACGUCUUCAAACUCAUGGAGGUCUGCAUCAUUGUGCUGCUGGCGAUGCCCUUUGCAGCCGUGGUCAUCCUGCCUCUGGCUUUACUUUACGCAUUCGUCCAGAGCUUCUACGUCGCCACAUCCUGUCAGCUGAGGAGGCUGGAAGCCGUGAGCCGCUCGCCCAUCUACACUCACUUCAACGAGACGGUGCAGGGCGCCAGCGUGAUCCGGGCCUUUGGCGAGCAGUCCAGGUUCAUUCUUCAGACUAACAAGAGGGUCGACUUCAAUCAGACCUCUUACUUCCCUAGAUUUGUGGCCACCCGAUGGCUGGCAGUCAACCUGGAGUUUGUUGGCAAUGGUGUGGUCUUAGCUGCCGCCAUACUCUCUGUGAUGGGAAAAGGCACCCUGAGCCCAGGCAUAGUUGGUUUGGCUGUGUCACACUCCCUCCAGGUGACUGGAAUCCUGAGUUGGAUUGUGAGAUCCUGGACUGAUGUGGAAAACAACAUUGUGUCCGUGGAGAGAGUCAACGAGUAUGCUGAUACUCCUAAAGAGGCGAGUUGGAGUAUUGAAGGCAGCUCCUUGCCCCCGGACUGGCCACAGAGGGGCACCAUUGAGUUCCAGGACUAUGGGCUGCAGUACCGUAAAGGCCUUGAGUUGGCUCUGAAGGGCAUCACCUUACAAGUUCACGAAAGAGAGAGAGUUGGAAUUGUGGGCCGGACAGGAGCAGGGAAGUCCUCGCUAGCCCUGGGAAUCUUCAGGAUCUUAGAGGCUGCAAAGGGAAAGAUCUUAAUAGAUGGCGUCGACAUCGCCGACGUCGGACUCCAUGACCUCAGAUCACGCAUUACUAUCAUUCCUCAGGACCCGGUGCUGUUCUCAGGCUCCCUCCGAAUGAACCUCGACCCCUUUGAUACCUACACGGACGAGGAGGUGUGGAGGUCACUGGAGCUCGCUCACCUUCAAAAUUUUGUCUCUAAUCUGCCAGACAAAAUCAACCAUGAAUGCUCAGAGGGAGGGGAAAACCUCAGUCUGGGUCAGCGCCAGCUAGUGUGCUUGGCAAGGGCCUUGCUGAGAAAAACCAAGAUCCUGGUUUUGGACGAGGCGACAGCUGCUGUUGACCUGGAGACAGACGCGCUCAUCCAGUCCACAAUUCGAACGCAGUUUGAAGACUGCACAGUCCUGACCGUUGCUCACCGCCUCAACACCAUCAUGGACUACACCAGAGUGAUCGUCAUGGACAGAGGACACAUUUCAGAGAUGGACACUCCAGCCAACCUCAUCGCACAGCGCGGACAGUUCUACCGAAUGUGCCGGGAAGCUGGUCUGAUGUAAUUUCUCAUUGGGCUUUGUACCACGAAGCCGGUGUCCAGGUGUUCAGUUCUGGCUCUACAGCACGGGUAAAAUUGUGCAAUUCCAACCUCUGCGGCAGCUCAAAGCUCCACGAGGGCAUCGCCAAUGAAUCUGAAGAGCAGCUGCUGACAAAGUCCCUAAAUGUUGGUUUUCAACGCACAGUCUGUCCUGAAGACUUUAUUAUCCUCGGAUAAUGAUCCUUUGGAAGAAAUCUACAGUGGUCUCCGAGCUAUAAAUAUUGUAUAUAAAGUGUUGGAGUCAAUUUAUUCCAGGAAAAGAUAAAGUCCAGAGCUACAAAAUAAGACUUAAAGUCACAAAUCUAAAGGAUUUUUGUUCUCUUUUUUAAGGACGUUAUGUUGUUUUUACAGUUUUGUAAGUGGUUUAAAGCAUGUGAUAUAUUUUCUAUGUUGUCUCAGGCCUUGCUGAUGUUUACUUGUUUUUUUUAAUUACUUUUUUAGCCUUUUAUACCAAGAAAGAGACAAUUUUGUAAUUGUAAACUGUUACGAUUCAAUUUCAUCUUCUCGCCCCAGAAACUGGGACAGGAAAUACUCUGACACACUAACCUUCAGAAAUCUGAGCUGGAAGCAGUCCAGGUGGACUUUUUAUAUGUCUGGGAAAAGAGGAAAACAUUGAAGUGAGCCAAGACAUAAGCAAAUGUCCAACUAUUUUGUGGCUGUUGUUUAUUUCUGUCAAAGCAAACACAUAAAAAAAAGUCCAUAGAGACCUUGCUGGUCAGAUUCAACCUGACGCGGUACUGCAAACCACCACGAAUGAAGAGAAUGCCUUUUCAAAACAAUGGUGAUGAAUCUCUGCGGGAUUGCCGCUCUGCUUCCACCACACAACUCAGGCCAUGUGUAGAGAAGGAAAAAAAACCUGUAUUAUUCUUAUGGUGCUGACAUCACAGACUGUAAAUAGUCCACGUCGACCUCAAUUUCAAAGGAAGAACCCAAUGAACUUUUUAAAGAGAAGAGGCAUUCACUGUUUUGUCUUACUGGUUUAGACAAUAUAUUAUAAGGAAUUGUAUUUAUGUUAAAUGACAAAAUGUAUUAAGCGUCCUUAAGAUUUGUAUUAUAUUUAUACUUUUCAUAACGAGCUUGUUAUUUUUUUAACUUUUACCGGUAAUGUACUGUCUUGCUGAAUAAUAAAAUUGUAUUUGAGUCUA